GCCGACAUCCCGCCGCAGAUCUCGGACCUGCACUGCUUCACCGAGACGAACGGGGUCAUCACGACGACCAUGUUCGACGUGCCGGGCUACCGCGUCGUGCGCGUGCUGGGCGCCGUCUACGGCCUGACGGUGCGGUCGCGCAACUGGGCGGCCGGGCUGACCAUGGUGCUGAAGAGCAUGGCGGGGGGCGAGCUGCGGUGGUUUACGAAUAUGCUCUACAGCGCCCGCAACGACGCCAUCUCGCGCGUGGUGGCCGAGACGCAGGCCCGCGGCGGCAACGCCGUCAUCGCGCUGCGCUUCGACGCUGGCGACCUGGGCGGCUUCGCGCAGGUGUGCGCGUACGGCACGGCCGCCAUCGUCGAGAAGAUCGAGGAC